UCACUUUUAUGCAGCUUUGGUGGUUAUCUCGUCCUGUCCUGCACGAACUGUACGCAUAGGCUUUUCAGUUCUUGCUCUCUUGCCUGCAGACAAGCAGAGAGAGGCAGGGGAGAGGAGAGAGUAAGGAGGAGGGAGAGGGUAUAGCAAAUGAGGUGUGGGUAAAAAUUAUGGGCGACUAGAAAAGAGAGCAGUAAGCCCAUCCCUGGAAAUGGAGAGAAAGAGGGUGGGGGGAGAGACUGAGAGAGAGAGAGAGAAAUUAUACAGUGUAAAAUCCAGAAGAUUUCAGCUUUAGUAGUAGUGUAGUGCAGCGUGCAGAUCAGCAGGAUCCCUCACCGCUGGGGAACAGCCGCCUUUUGUGUUUCCCCCCGCUGCAGUGGGGGGAGUGCAUUUACCGUCGCGCCCAAGGGGAGAAGCCAAGAAGUAUCCUCCAAUCAGCCGUUAGUGAUUUCUCUCAUCUUGUGAGGCUGCUCAUGGUGAUUUAUCACUGACCUGAGACAGGCGCCACACUCUGCUCCACAAUCUAACCACCUGGAAUACUCACCAUGGUUUUUAGGUUUUUAUUUCUCUUCUUAAACACAAAUACCGUCCUGUGGAUAUUUCAAAUAGAAUGACCAGCAGACAAAAGGAGGAUUAAAAUGGACUGAAUUUCCUUCUUUUUUUUUCUUCCUUCUGCAGACUGAAGAUGGACUAACUUUUACAGGUGGACUUGUGCCUUAUCAGGACAUCCUUUUAUCCUCUGUACUUUAAUAGAAGGGAAUUUUUUUCAGAAUUAUUUGUCAUUUCAUACCAUAUGUAGCUCUGUUAUUCUGAAAGCAUGACAAGCAGGGGAUGAUCCUGGACACUGCACUGCAAUAAUCAUGUAGGAUUGGUACUCAGGUAGAAAAAUGUACAUAUAUGGUGAUGGGCAGAAGAUAGAGAUGGAGAGAAAGGAUGACAGUUGGAGCAUACCUGCCCGCUGAGCAUGUCUGACACCUCACUGUAGCUUGAUUAGCACCUACUCUGCAGAGUUUGUCUAUCAGGUUGUCGUUUCCCAAGUUUUCAUGCUUCUCAUGUGAAAAAAAGUGUUAUGGGAGUGUGCCUGUGUGUGUCAGAGUAUAUGACUGCGAGUGUGUGUGUGUGUGGUUUGCGUUAGGAGCCAGGGUCUAGGAUUACACUGCGUCUGCAAAGGAUACAGGUGUAGUGGAGCCUUGAAUGAGGAUUAGCUGCUCUAACACCUUGUCGCUGGCAGCACACAGAGCGAUGGACCUUUCAGACAAGGCUCUCAAGCUACGACCACACUGAGUUAUUCUCGCUGGAGGAUUACAGAUAAAGGUUUAACCAACACGAUGAGACCUAGAGGGCAGGAGAGGGGACAGGAAGACAGCAGAGAAAGUUAGAAUGAAAUUCAGUUUCCUUUUUAUUGCAGGUUAUCCUUGAGGGAUGCAGACUGAGGCUAAUCUUAGAGGGAGUGGGAGUUGCUAUCAAUAGACGGAGGUCAUUUAUAAUAGCGGAAGGACAAUUAAAACAUCAAAACAUGAGAGAAUGAGCUUGAGUUUCAGUGAAUAUUGUGAUUAUCUCUACAUGUUGAUAAAAAUGCCUGCAUAAAUGAAAUCAUUGGAUUAGUAAAGUAAGUAAACAUUGAUGGUAUUUGUGAUAAACAGUCUUGAUUUCACCAAUAACCCAGCACAAAAUCCAAUCGAUCCGUGACUAUUGAUUUCUCCACCGAGGCAGGAUAGAGUCUUGUCUGAUCUCUGUUUAAGAGGUCACUAAUUUAAUUAUAGUCCGUCAUUCAGUCUCAGCCUAGAGCAGUCAUCCAGAGUGCUGAGUAUGCUGUGGCUUAGAGAAUCGAUGGUCUAAUACUUUUUAUGAUAUCUGACAACAGAGCAGAUAAAUAUAAUACGUUUCUGCUGCAGUCUACUAUAAUAAUAUAUACAAAGCUACAGUUUGGGCAUGUUUUAUUUACGUGUCUUGUAUUAUUUGGAGAGGCAGUAUGAACGAUGACUUCUCAAAGUGAUGGCAGUUCUGCUGACACAGUUACAGGAAAUUUGGCAGCUUGUUUGUGUAGUGAGGCUUGUAGUUGAAAACGGCGUGUGUUGACUGCCUGUCUGUCUUUAUGCGUGUGCAGAUUUGCAUGUUUUCUGGGCUCGACUCCCCAGCUUAUUUUAGCUGUAAAGCAAGGUCUUAAAGAUCCUGGCAAAUUAUGUAAUAUGCACCACCUUGCACCACCCAACCUGUCCCACUUCUAAACUUUCAAUAGAGUUAAAUUAGGAAAUACCUUUUAACAAUGCAUUGAUCCAGAAGUGGAGGAGUAAAGCAAGUGAAGAGAGUCCUGACAGGGCUUUCAGGAGGAGAACUUAUCUCACCAGCCACACUCAGCACUCCUUCACUGAUCCUGCAAAGCACAAGGUAGUAGGUGGGGUGCACAGUGUGGGAGUGAGGAAAAACAGGACUGAGGCAAGUUGUUUGAUAGCUGCAUUGUUUGUAUCUAACUUGUUCAAAGAGCUUUGUUGAAAGUGUGCUGUUUUAGGAGGUUUAGUGCUUCGAGUGUAUAAACUCAGGAACAGCAUGAGGGAGUUCAGUUAGAGUUCUUUUGGGAAAACCUGCUCUAUCCUGCUGUUGUCAACAUUAGAGAUCAAACAAGACCGGGUAUAGCAAGUACACUGUAGGAUCUUUUUUGACAAGACACUGGAUAAGCAUUGAUUUGUCUGAAACAACCGCCUAAUCUAUUUAAUGACACAAGCACAAACCAGCAGGACUCUUCAACAGCUCCACAGUCAAUCCAAAGACAAGAUUGCAAUGAAACUGGAUGAUCUACGAUGAGCACACCAACUUAAACAAGCACACUGUUUUUGCCUGAGAAGGAGACAGAAACAAACACUGAGACUUGCAGCUCCACGUUUAAAUUUACUCUGGAUUAUAACACUUGAAUUGUCAACACAACACAGAAGAAGAGGAGAAGAGUGGUGCAGCCAAUUAAACUGUGUAUCCGUCCCUGGCGGGGAUGUGCUGUGUGUUACUCUGAGGAGGAGUCGAGUAAUAUACCACAACCCUGCGAAUGAGGGUGGGGCUCUGCCACUGCCACAGACAAAGACCUUGAUAGAGAGAGUUCCGGUGUGAGAACUGGUCAUCUGGGGCCAUUUUGGACCUGCACAGUCCAGCACAGUGUCAAAAGUCACAAUGGGGUGCAACAUGUGUGUGGUUCAAAAGCCUGAAGAACAAUACAGGGUGAUGUUCCAGAAGGGUCACAUAAGCAACAUGCUGUGCUCUUUCGAUGCUGACGGUCGAUUAAAGGUGAAUGGAAAGGAGCUAUCUCGCCUUUCUGGGGAUCCCACCCUGGACAUACGGGACCCCGUGCUGUCCAACAUACUAAGGCGGGGGGCCCGCAGACGAGCAGGCCUAGCGGGAGCCCCUGCAGGGUUAGUGCCAGUGACCAUGGGCAUGGCCGACUGCGUAGACAGCUGCACCCAAACAGACAUCAGCUUCCAGCAUAUGUUGACUCUGGGCAAGAGCAACCAGCAUCCCUGUGGUGCACCACCCCCACCCGACCCUCCGCCGUCCCCUCCGCUACCACCGCUACUGGAGCCAUAUCUAUUCAAUGAACUCUUUAUAGAGCCUGUAUACUAUGACCCCACUGACUACUUCGAUAUCACUCAGCAUGAAGUGGACAGGCAGGAUGAGCUGGAAUACGAGGAGGUGGAGUUGUAUAAGUCUCGUCAGCAGGAUAAACUCGGGUUGACAGUGUGUUACAGAACCGAUGAUGAGGAGGACCUCGGGAUCUAUGUAGGAGAGGUGAACCCAAACAGUAUUGCUGCAAUAGAUGGCCGCAUCCGCAAGGGAGACAGAAUACUACAGAUAAAUGGAGUGGACAUCCAGGACAGAGAGGAGGCGGUAGCUAUUCUCACCAGAGAGGACAGCACUAAUGUCUCCCUGCUCCUCGCACGACCCGAGAUAGAGAAUGACAACCAGCUGGACCCAGAUGAGCUGGAUCUGGAGCCACUGGACAACGCUGUCCAUCUCCCCAGCGGCCACAGAAUGAGGAGCAGCGCCUCUGUACUGGGUGCUGGACCAGGUGGUGUUGCUGGUGGAGGUGUACUAGGUGGUCAUGGUCAAUCAAUUAACAGGGAUUCACCUGAUUUGCUCCAGACGGUGCUGAGCAACAGCCAGGAGCUGGACAGCGGGGUGGGACGGACAGAUGAAAGCACACGUUAUGAGGAAUCUUCAGAACAUGAUCUUCUGGGAGACGACCACACUAGUGCCUCCAAUACGAAUGCCACCAAUACACCUGGCAGCAUGCGCAAGUUUUUUUCCAGCCGAGGGGAAACUCCGCCAUUGCUGCACUCUCAAGACCUCCAGUUCAGUACUGACUCCCUCUUAGGUCUAGACUGUGUUAAUGGAGGAGGGCUGGAACAGAUGGAGCGAUUGGAGAGGGCCUACAUGGCAGAUCCUGUGAGGAUGAUGAUGCCUGGGCUGACUGAGGAGGAGUGUGAGAGGUACAAAGAGCUCUUGGAAAUCAAGUGUUACUAUGAGAAGAACAGUAACGCUCUGCUGCUACUGGGAGAGCAGGGGCAGGCACAGGAAGAAGGAGGUGUCUCACUUGAUGUGAAUAGGAAUGAGAGUCUGACACAGCAUGAGAUGGCCCUUCUGGAAGAGGAGCUGCGUCACUUGGAAUUCAAGUGUCGUAACAUCCUGAGGGCGCAGAAGAUGCAACAGCUGAGGGAGCGUUGUCUGAAGGCUUGGCCUCUCGAGGACAAGAAUGGAGCAAGUGCAGGCGCUGGUGUAGGAGCUGGACGCUUGGAUGUUAGUGGUACUUUAGUCAGUGAGGAGUCAUGUCACCACGCUCUGUCAGAUAUCAAUGAGCUCCCAGAGAGGGAGCGCUCAGAUAAGGACAGUACCAGUGCCUACAACACUGGAGGGGAAAGUUGCAGGAGCACCCCUCUGGUUAAUGAACAGUACCCUUCACACUCCACGCAGAGCCUGGAAAGAGGAGAAUCUCUUCUCUCAGUGGGUAUGCAGCUUCAAACCUCCACUAGGCAAAGAGAGAGAGGAACCAGGGCUGAAAGAGGGGACGGAGUACAAGCAAACCUCAACAAAUCCUACUCUCCCCACAGUCACAGGAAAGCAGCCGAGGGUAAGACAUCCAGCCCGGGAGCUAAGGUUAGAUCCCUGUCCCGGGAUGGAGGAACCAGGAGGGGCUCAGAUGGAGGAGUGAGACGUAACCCCAAAGCCAAUGGAACAGCUGAGAGGGCUGGUGGACGCAGUGCAGAGAACAGCCCUUACCUGUCCCGUCGUCAUCCUGAAACAAAGCUGCCUCAACGCUACCUGAGCUGCAUGCAGUUGAGGUCUCCCUCCACGUCUGAGCGGCUCGCUGGACUCAGAGAAGGCAGCAUGGAGACUGAGGGUGACGCCAGCCCAAUGAGUCUGGGUAGCACGUGUAAAGAUGUUGCCCAGGUCCCAAGUGCACCCAUAUCCUUGUCCCCUCCACUGCUGCCUGCUUCCCCUCGUAUGGAGUGGAAAGUGAAGAUCCGUAGCGAUGGCUCACGCUACGUGGCUAAACGGCCUGUGAGGGAUCGCCUCCUGAAGGCACGCGCCAUGAAGAUCAGAGAGGAGCGCAGUGGCAUGACAACAGAUGAUGAUGCGGUGAGUGAAAUGAAGAUGGGCCGUUACUGGAGCAAAGAGGAGCGCAAGCAGCAGCUGCUAAAGGCCCGAGAACAGCGGCGGCGCAGGGAGUUCAUGAUGCAGAGCCGCCUCGGUUGUCUGAGAGAGCGUGAGAAGGAGCAAGGCAGCGGUGGUGGAGGACAGCAGGGGUCUACAAACCAGCAGGAGCCAACCACCAUCCUGGAGCUGUGCCACCGCAGGAGCAUGAAGAAGCGCAGUCGCAGAAUUCUGGACAACUGGAUCACUAUACAGGAACUACUGGCCCAUGGGUCCAGGUCUGCUGAUGGGAAGAAAGUCUAUAACCCCCUGCUGUCUGUCACCACAGUCUGAGACGAGCAGGGGGAAAAGAGUUGGGGAGUGAUAAAAAAAGUGCCAAAGUGUUUUGAUAGGGCCUGUCAGAUGAACACAAGCUGCUUCAGUACACCUUGGCACAAAUAUUUGUCUGCAAGGAUGCAGCGACAUCAUGAAACACAAAGUGGUUAAGUUGGUGGUAAUAUAAAGUAGCAUACCCAAGGCACCAGCUUAAAAUGUUAUGGAGGGAAAAAAGCUCCUAAACAGAUCUAUCUUCCCAAACAGAAAAGAAACACACAUUUCCAAUAUUGUGGAUUUGAACCUGCAUUUAAGAAAUGCAUUCCAUAAUCACAAAUGCAGAUUUACAAAAAUCGCAAAUUUCAGAAAUGUACUACAGUAUAUUUUAAAAAUUCUGUAUUCCUCUUCCAUUUUAUCUGGCUGGACCUAAACCAGUCAGGAAAAAUGCUUUUCCAGCCAUUGUCAUAAUGCUUUACCUCUCACAGAAUGUGAAUCAUUUUACACAGAAACAUGUACCAGCUUGUCACUGUCAAUGCACAAGAAGUAGACCACAGAUUUUUUGAAGAUAUUCAGAGGGAGUACAGUCAGACGGCUGAAGCAAGGGAGAGAAAUACAUCACCACUUGAAAUCUGUCGUAUUAUAAGAAGGGGAGAUGACACCACCUGCUGUUGAGUCAUUAGAAGAAAGAUAUACAACUGAAAGGUAGAAAAUAUCUUGCAGGUCUCUAUUGUAUUUUAAUUUUUGUGAAAGACAGAACAGAGAAAAACAAAAGUGAGGCUAACAACCAUGCAGCUGUGAAAACUUUGAGGAAAAGCCACUUCUGUGCCAUAAAAUUGUGUAUUUUGUGGACGUUUGUCCAUAAAGGACUUUUUAAUUUUCAAAAGAACAGCGUGUGCCAAUUAAUGUAGAUAUGACUUUUUUUUUUCAUUCCUGCAGUGCUCAUGUUUCGACACAGGAAAUGCAACAUCAUUGUCAGACCACAGAUGCUUUUUGAUAAUGGAGGAGCUGAGCGGUGCCUUCCUGUCAGGCAGACUUGACUGUAGAGCACAAUUUUCAAGGUGAUACAAAAAGGCUGGAAAACUUGUAGCUCAGAGAAAAAUACUGAAGCACAAAACAGCUGACGGGCUUAAUGUUUUUUUAAAGCACAUUGUAUCAUAUAAAGCACAUAAAAUGUUUGAUAUUUCAUUCAAAAAAAACUACAUUUGUCGUGUAAAGGAACAUAAUGCAAUCAAAUAUUUUCUGCUUCAUUUCAUAAAAUGUCCAGACGUCAGUAUGCAAAAUUAUUUAUUUUAAUGUUGACUGUAAACAAGGCUGUUUCAUUGCUAAUUAGAUUAUUCUUGGCUAAAAAAAAAAAAUCCAUUUAUUGGGUUUGCAGCUACUCACAUCAAAAGUGGAUCGACUAUAAUUCUUUUAUAGGUUUUCUUCCCAAACUUGAUUCAAGUUUUCGCUUUUAGAAUUAGCCUCUGGAUAAUAAAAAGAAGAGAGUCCAGGUCUGACUGCAGUUGGAAUGACCAAGAUUGGGGCGACUUACUUACAAAACUAAAUGAACAAAGUCUGCUUUUUUUUUUUUUUUUUUCCUCAUUUGACUUGCAUGCGUGUUUGAUAUUGAGGCCCAUUUUUUUCUCCAUGUACUUAAAGACUAAAAAGCCUUUGACAUACUGUAAUUGUGGAUGUGUCUUUCUAUGAACUUGCUCAAAAUCCUAGCAUAGCCACAUGGUGUACUUGUUUGUUCAAUAUUGUGAUGUCCAGUGUCUGCCAUUUUACAGUGAAAGCUUUUCUAAAUAAAUGCUGUGAUCAUGAAAACUGUUUUUGGUGCUACGUAACUGCCGCUGUGUGCGUUAAGAUU